ACUCAGUGUCGAGCAGCACGGAGAUGAAGAAGGAGCCAAAAUUACUGGUUAACUGUGUUUUUCAAAAUGGCAGCCAAAUCCGAAAAGAAUCACUUAAUUACUCUCUUAUGGAUCUUGAAGAAGAGGCCCCCGUGGAUCUAGCUGUGCCCCUCAUGGGAUAUGCUGCCCCUGUGGUCGUCUUCCUGACGCUGGUGUUGAAUGCUGUCGUGGUCGUCGUUCUCACUCGACGGCGACUCAGGUCGCCCACAAACGUCAUACUCGUCUCCAUCGCUGUCUGUGAUACAUUCACUGCAUUGUUCUCAUUACCGGGAUAUAUGUAUACCUACACGUACGAAGGUUACCGGAAUUACCCGAGUAUGGAAUGGUGUUAUGUUUUGAUUUACGUAUGCCGGUUUAUUCCACAAGUUCUCCAUACAGUGUCAGUGUGGAUGACAGCAGUACUGGCAUUUCAACGUUACGUAGGCGUCACUGAAAUGAUGUGCAGAGCUUGGAUCAGCCGUUAUAAAGGCGUGGCUCUGUCUAUCGUGGUUCUAACUAUACUAUCGUUCAUAUCUCACUGUUUUCAGCUUGUUGUAGUUCCAAGACCAUUGAUUCUGGUCUGUGAAGGUUGUGAUGUAAUAGUCUCAAACACGUGCUAUUUGCACACAGAUAACGAUAUAUAUGUCACAAGAAUAGACACGCUGCUGAGACUGAUAUUGGCCCAGUUGAUGCCGUGUUUCCUUCUCCUGGGCUUCAAUAUCUGCAUCAUCAGAUCAACGUACAAGAGCCAUAGAUACAUGCAGCGCUUGGUGGCCGGACAUAAGCCGUCCGAAUACAUAGACACAAGCAAAACAAUCCGGAUCUCGUUCAUGCUUCUUCUCGUGACGUGUUGCACGUGGAUAUUCGAGAUGUUUGUCAACUUAAAUCUUGUCUUGGAUUACACCCAAAAUUUAGUGUCGCCGGAUACCCUGAGUGGCCUCGUUCUUAUAUGCAAUUUUACAACACUUCUUUCGUUUCCUCUCAAUUUCUUCAUUUACUUCACCUUCAAUUGUAACUUCCGGAGCGUGUUAUUGUCCUGUGUGAAAACGAGACUGAAGCGGGAGAUCGCUCCUAGAAAAGUAACAGCUGGUUGUGAUGGAGUUACGUAUACAUAUGACAUCUCUCUUCUCCAUCUGCAGAAGAAAAAAAGUGUAUCUGAUACAUGAAAAACUGUGAAUAGGAUUACCGGAACAUUAAAGUGGUAUUAGGAAACGGACAAAAUGGUAUAUUCGAUUGAGAUGAGUUGCGUCCCUUAACCUGCCAGGGUCCGCUGCACGUUGAUUCUUAGGUUCGCCUCGAUAAUCAUCCUAGAUAUGCACUAUCACUCAGCUUGCAGGUUUGACCAAACUAGUCAACGACCUGGGACUUGACUUGAGAGUUAGAGUGGGCGAGUGGGUUUAUUGUUACGCCGCUUUUUAGCAAUAUUCCAGUAAUAUCACGGCGGCGGACAUAAAAAAAUGUGCUUCAUACAUAGUACCCAUGUGGGGAAUCGAACCCGGGCCAUCGACGUGACGAGCGAACGUUUUAACCACUAGGCUACCCCACCGCCCCCGAGAGUGAGAAGUUGGGAGUACUAAGGAAGGAUAUAUACGCACUCAGUGUACCCAGCGGGACCCAGUGAACUCUGACCUGACAACAGAUAUUUAGGUGACGCCCUAUAUAACUGAUGGUUUGUGACAACCGUAUUCCUUGAUAGCUGAGUCACACACAAACGCGAUUUGAGAGA